UAACUCACGGACGCUACCUGUACGAGGAUGGUAUUGUACGACGAUACGUGGCUCUGGUUGGUCAUACUAGGCUUCAUCAUUGCAUUUGUGCUUGCCUUCGGUCUCGGUGCAAACGACGUAGCAAACGCUUUCGGGACAUCGGUAGGGGCUAAAGUUCUUACCAUAAGACAAGCUUGUAUUCUUGGUACCAUUUUUGAAAUUAUGGGCGCUAUUCUAGUGGGGGCAAAGGUGUCAAAUACGAUCCGAAAAGGGAUUAUUUCCCCUGACAUUUAUACAAAUGGCACCGAGGACGUAUUCAUGGCGGGAAAUGUGGCGGCUCUCACAGGCUCGUGCAUCUGGUUGAUGGUGGCGACAUUAUUUGGACUUCCGGUGUCCGGAACUCAUAGCAUUGUUGGAGCGACCCUCGGGUUCUCUAUGGUGGUAAAUGGUGUCAAGGGAAUAGGUUGGAUAAAACUUGCUAUGAUAGCCGCAUCAUGGUUCAUUUCUCCACUAUUGUCCGGUAUCGUAUCAGCAUUGCUCUUUAAGUUGCUCGACGUUCUAGUCUUGUCUAAGGAGAAACCAUUGGAAUAUGGUCUAAGACUGCUACCGGUGUUUUACGCUUUAACAUUGGCUGUUAACUUGUUCUCUGUCUUCUAUAAAGGAUCUGAACUUUUGCACUUUAACAAAAUUCCGUUGUAUGGGACGUUAAUUCUAACGUUUGUACCCCCGAUUAUCAUCGCAAUACUGGUCAAGAUAUUCCUAGUUCCAAGACAGCGAAAGAAAAUCCAAGAUCGCUGUAAAAAGCUGCUCCAGGAAGAAGGGACAUCCGACACAACAUCGCCACAUAUAACAAAACUUGAAGAAGCCAUUGACCAGGAAUUUACGACGCAUUUUUUUGAUAAAGACAAAAAUGACCAAGAGAGCCACAAAGGCGAUACACAAUUUAAAAACAAUCUUUUGAGAAUUAGUGAAAAGGACGAGGAUCAGUCAGCAUUAGAUGAAGAAAAGGAACCAUUAAAUACCGACAGUGACGGGAAUAAUGUUGACAUUGAGAUAGCUCACGAGGCAGACGAACCCGAGAAGUCCGAGAGAAGCGCUGCACGUGACAAAGUUCAAGACAAACCGGAGACAGCUGGUUUAUUUUCUUUCCUACAAAUACUUACUGCGGUGUUUGGAUCUUUUGCUCACGGAGGAAAUGAUGUAAGUAACGCUAUCGGACCUCUGGUAGCACUGUGGGUUACGGCAACAACCGGAAGUUCCGCACAAAAGGUACCAGUGCCGAUAUGGGUCCUUGUGUACGGUGGUAUCGGGAUAUCUGUCGGGUUGUGGGUUUUGGGACGGCGUGUUAUGAAAACGAUGGGGGAAGAUCUCAGCAGAAUUACACCAUCAAGCGGUUUUUGUAUUGAAGUUGGAAGUGCAUUGACCGUCAUCGUAGCGUCAAAUAUCGGGAUCCCGAUCAGCACGACGCAUUGUAAAGUCGGUUCAGUCGUCAUGGUGGGAAGAGUAAGGUCACGUGAGUCUGUUGAUUGGAAACUCUUUAGGAACAUCAUUUUAGCGUGGUGCGUUACACUUCCGGUUUCCGGCGGAUUAAGUGCGCUCGCGAUGCUUGGUUACAGAGCAAUUUUAAACGCUGUUAGAUGAAAGGAAAUGAGGAAAGUUCAAUCAUCCUAGUGGAAUUCUACUCACAAUCAAGUUGAUAUUUUAUGACAGCUGUUUUAUUACAAAAGAAUAGCUUGGUAAAAAAUUAAUAUGGUUAUGAAAGUUUGUAGCGAAUGUUAUCUUUGGUUGU